AUGUCAAACGCGGUCAAGUCAGUUUCUGCUCUCGGGUUUCCAUUCAAAACUCCAGACCCAUUUCUCUUCUGUGUCUACCACAAGGACAACUAUCCAGCAGGAGACGAGAAGAUGCAGGCGCCAAGAAUGGGCAACGGAGCUGACUUCGACUGGAACCAGCCUUAUCGCAUGUACCACGGAGAUCGCAUCCCUGGCUUUCCGCAGCAUCCUCAUCGCGGCUUCGAGACCUUGACGGCAACUCUUGAGGGCCUCGUCGAUCACUCAGACUCGUCGGGAUGCGCCGGUCGCUACGGACAAGGAGAUUUGCAGUGGAUGACAGCAGGAAGGGGAGUCGUGCAUGGAGAAAUGUUCCCCCUGGUGAACAAGGACAAGCCCAACACCCUGAGGCUCUUCCAGAUCUGGCUGAACCUGCCGGCCAAGGACAAGAUGGUGCCGCCAGCCUUUGUCAUGCACUGGGCCGAGCAAGUCCCAAAGUUGACAAGGGACGGAGUCAAUCUUAUCGUCUUUGCUGGAGAGUUCGAGGACAAGAAGGGCCUCCCUCCUCCACAACACUCUUGGGCCUCCAACGCAGCCAACGACGUGACAGUGUGGCUGAUCGAACUCGAGCCAGGCUCCUCCUUCGUCAUCCCCCCGUCUAAGAUCGGGUCAGAAGCCAAUCGAGCUCUUUACUUCGUGGAAGGAACCUCCAUAGAUGUUUGCGGCAAGUCCGUGACAGCUAAGUCCACAAUCAUGCUCGAUGCAUCUAAGGAAGCAAGCUUGAAGGGUCGACCCAUCGGAGAGCCUGUGGUGCAGCACGGGCCCUUCGUCAUGAACACGCAGGCGGAGAUCCAGCAAGCCUUCAUGGACUACCGCAAGACGGAGUUCGGGGGAUGGCCGUGGCCUCAGGACGCCAUGGUGUUCCCGCGAGACAAGGGAAGGUUCGCGCUCUUCAAGGACAAGGAGGAGACUCCUCCGUCUCAGUGCUCGUCGAGCUAG